AUGGAUCAGGUCAAAGAUCAGUUGGAGGCAGUGGAGACCAGUCGGAGGCGUUCUUUGGGUUUGGCUCGUGAGCGAGUGGAGCAGUGGAAGAAAGCCCAACAACAGAAGAAGCUCCAGGGAGCAGAGAAAGCUUGUCAGAUACCUCUGGAUCAGUUAAUACUACUAGAGACAGAGGGCGACAAUGAACUGAAGGCUAGAGAUGAACGGAUCAGGGAACUACAAAAGGCCAUGGAUCAGGUCAAAGAUCAGUUGGAGGCAGUGGAGACCAAUAGGACCCUUUCUUUGCGUUUGGCCCGGGAGCGAUUGAAGCAGUGGAAGAAAGCCCAACAACAGAAGAAGCUCCAGUUAGCAGAGAAAGCUCUUCAGAUUCCUCUGGAUCAGCCAAAACUAAUAGAGACAGAGGGCGAGAUACAACUGAAUGCUGGAGAUGAACAGAUCCGGGCACUGCAAAAGGAAGUAACUGACGUCAGAGAUCAGUUGGAGGCAGUGGAGACCAGUCAGAGGCGUUCUUUGGGUUUGGCGCGGGAGCGAGUGGCGCAGUGGAAGAAAGCCCAACGACAGAAGAAGCUCCAGGGAGCAGAGAAAGCUUGUCAGAUACCUCUGGAUCAGCCAAAACUAUUAGAGACAGUGGGCAACAUAGAACUAAAGGCCAGAAAUGAACUUAUCCAGAAGCUGCAGAAGGAAGUAUCUGAAGCCAAUGAUCAGAUACAGGCAGUGGAGACCAGUCAGAGGCGUUCUUUGUGCUUGGCGCGGGAGCGAUUGGAGCAGUGGAAGAAAGCCCAACAACAGAAGCAAAGAUUGGGCCAGCGGAAAACCUCAGUGGGACCUGUGGAGAACCAGUCCGUCCUCCUGGUGUAG